AUGAUCCCCUUCACCCCGGAAGCUGCCACGACGGCUCUAAACCUAUUGCGCAUGGUGCGUUUCGCGCGCGACCUGCACGCAGCCCCCGUUCCCGAGAUGAUGGAUCCCAUCCCGCCCCUCAAUAAACGCGGCGGAAGGAACUUGGCCCCCGAAGGGUGGGCGAGCGUGUACAGUGUCAUCAUAACUCAAGACAUGUGUAACCCCCUCGACCAGCUGCAUGGUGGGGCAGCCGCCACACUUAUUGAUACCGUCAAUUCGGCCUCGCUUGCCAUGCUUGCCACGGAGGACUUUUGGGGGUUGCCGAUGUUGACGGGGGUUACGUUGACCCUAGAUUUGGCUUAUUAUAAUGCUUGUCCUGCAGGAACAAAGGCCAAACUCGCCGUCACCAUCGAGCAUCUGGGUGGAUCGCUGUGUAAUCUCCGAGGCGAGCUGAGUGAUUGGGAGACCGGGAGGCGGUUCGUCUCGGGGUCUCAGGUCAAGACUUGGCGCGAUUUAGGCAAGGCCAAGCUCUGA